AUGAGGUCCAUUCUGAUCAUCUGCCUCCUCGGCUGCUUCUUUGCAGCAUAUGAGGCCAAAAUCUUCAAGUGUGGGCUGGCCCGCAAGCUGAAGGCAGAGGGAAUGGAUGGCUUCCAUGGCUACAGCCUGGCAAACUGGGUCUGCAUGGCUGAGCAUGAGAGUAACUUGAACACCCAGGCCUUCAAUGGGAAAAAUGACAAUGGCAGCAGUGACUAUGGGAUCUUCCAGAUCAACAGCAAGUGGUGGUGCAGAAAUAACUCCUCCCCUUCACCAAAUGCCUGCAACACAAUGUGCAGUAGGUUUCUGGAUGACAACAUCAGUGAUGACAUCACCUGUGCCAAGAGGGUUGUGAAAGAUCCUAAUGGGAUGUCUGCCUGGUAA